AUGGCGAAUAUACAAGGUAACUUCUUUCAGUACAUUAAUACACACUAUGGCUCCGAAGCGGUCACCGCUAUGAAGGCAUAUGCUCUAGACAACAGAAAACUGGCGAAUAUGCUUAGUAGGAAACUGUUUCUGAAAAAGUGUAAGAAGAACGGUGUUUUUCCUCACCACAUCACUCGAAGCUUCAAAUGUGUACAUCAAAUGCUAGCCGAAAAUGGACCUUACUUGAACAAAAUAAACACGAUCAUCAUAAAAUUCAAAAAAGCUGUACUCAACGUGGAAAUACGACAAACAUAUCAUCUAAUCAACACUCUUUCCCGAUCCAUACACAACCUACAAGAAGUCAUCACGUUAAUAGUAGGAGACAGCAUUGCUACAGCUUAUCUGGACACCCAGUCAACCGCAUUCCACAACAAUUUAAACAACAGAAAUAAAUCUACCACCAACAAACUACAAAACAUUAUUCAAUGUAUGAACUCUCUGUCAACCAUACAGACCAACGAGAAAGCUAUAACGAACGCGACCAACGUACAAGUGCCUCCAGAGACCACUGCAUCACUGAGUCUCGGCCCAAAGUUCGCGUUACCUGUCACCCAUCUCUCACAGGUCCCUCUGUUCAAUGUCUUGUCCGAUUUGGAAACCAUCAUUCAGUCGCACCAAGACAAACGGAUACAGGAUAGUAACCGAUGCAGAGCUACCAACAUUAUUCUCAACUACAUCCAUGGUUUUGGAUCACUGGUUGAUGCAUUGGAACCAAUAGGCAGAUGGUGUACUGAAGCACAGAAGACAACAGCUAAGUUUCUGAAAGCUCAUCCCGAAAUCCUGGUUCUGUCCUCUGACAAGGGUAAUCGCACUGUCAUUAUGUACGCUAAGGAAUACCAUGAGAAAAUACGCGCCCUUGUCGAUGACCAAGCAACAUACCGCAACGUGCCCAGAGACCCCACAGAAAAAAUCCAAAGGAAAAACAACAAUUUUGUAACCACCCUACUCAACUUGAAACUCAUAGACUCCAAGACCGCCAAAUGGUUAAAAACCUAUGAUGCUGUUUGUCCCAGAAUUUAUGGACAACCUAAAGCGCAUAAGACAAAUCUCCCUUUACGUCCUGUUGUGCCUAACUACUCCGCUCCGACCUACAAGCUAUGUAAAUUUGUGGCUAACAUACUGAACACCCACCUCACCAGCACUUUCAACACAGCUAGCUCCUUAAAAUUAUGCGAUGAGCUAAAAUCAUUCAUUCUCCCCGAAGAUCACAUCAUGGUAUUACUCGACGUUGUUUCUCUGUUCACGAACGUACCGAGAAAACUGGUAACCAAGACCAUCACCGAUCGCUGGCACGAAAUAAAUACCGAGAUCUACCUUGAGCUGUUUUUGGAAAUAGUAGAAUUUUGUAUGGAGGCAAGUUAUUUUCGAUACGACAACAAAUUUUAUUACCAGACAUACGGAACAGCUAUGGGCUCUCCUUUGUCCCCAAUAUUAGCCGAUAAAGUACUCGAAUCAAUCAUCCAUAGUGCAUUAAGCCACCUUCCCUUUGAAGUCCCUAUUCUACGCAAAUAUGUAGACGAUCUGUUUCUCAUCAUCCCGAAGGAUUCCUUCGACACCGUACUAGACACCUUUAACAGCCAGGAGGACCGAAUUCAGUUCACCAUUGAAAUAGAACAAGACCGCAAACUACCAUUUCUGGACUUGCUGAUAAAUCGACAGGAGGAUCAAUCACUUUUCACCGAAUGGUAUAGCAAACCUAUCUCAUCUGGGAGAAUGCUAAAUUUCCAUUCUUACCAUCAAUACAAACACAAAAUUAAUGUAGCCAACAAUUUUAUUCACCGCGUUACCUCUUUCACAUCUAAUCCAGAGGCGACAAACGUAAACACCAUCAUUCACAAACACCUACAGGCUAAUAGCUACCCACGAACCCUGGUGUCUCGGCUCAUCAACCUGUACCAUUCUAGGCAACAAGAAGUUGUCCAUCCUUCAGCUAUCACACUGCCACCACCAGCACCUCCACCCACAACAGCUCCACAGCCAACAGCCCCACCGCCGUCCUCUCAGCAACCACAUCAAGCCAGCAAUGCACCAUCCACGGCAAACAACCUUCAGGAUAUGGUUACCUUAGCAAGCACAACCAGCAUAACACCCAGCACAGACAUUGCUUACAGAUCUCUCCUUUACAUCCCCAAACUGAGUGAUCGUCUCAUUAAACUGUUCAAAAAGGAUUAUCCGCACAUCUGCAUCGCCACAAAAUUGAACAAAACUGUGAACAGCUUCCACAGUCAAGUUAAGGAUCCUACAAAUAAAAACGAAAACAGCAACAUUAUUUAUAAAAUUCCGUGCAGCGGCUGUAACAGCAGCUACAUUGGAAUGACUUCAAACAAAUUAAAAACCAGACUCUACGGACAUGCAUCGAACGUAAACAAACUCAACCAGAUACUAAGUGCGGACACACAGACAAACUACCAGUUAUCCGAGCUAAGAGAGAAAACCGCUCUCAUUGAGCAUUGCAUCGACACAGAACACAGAUUCGACUUAGAGAAUACAUGCAUAAUAGAUAGAUCGAAACACACAGCUUCACUACCAUUUUUAGAAAUGUGUCACAUCUACUGUACACCACACAUAGUGAACCGCCGUAUUGAUGUGGACAACCUCAACACAGCAUACGCGGGGAUCUUACACAAACUUAAAAGCCUAAAUCAAGAUGGUAUAACAGUUAACUGA